AUGGGUGGACGAACAACCUUAAGUGCAUUUAAACUCCCACCCACAGCUGACGCAAAUUCAACCGGAUUAAUCCUCAACCACGUAUUUGAUUUAGAUUUAAAGGCUCAGUCGCCUUCGCUAGCCGGAAUUGAAGAAAAUGAGCGCGAUCGCAAAGCGAAGCAAAGCAAGAUUGGCCUCACAAUGAACAUGAAAAAAAACUAA